AUGCAGUUCCUCGCCACCAUCUCUCUCCUCGCCGCCGCGGCCGUCAGCUCCGUCUCUGCCGCUCCCACCAGCAACCAGUACACCGAGGUUAUGGGCAAGGUCACCUUUGGCCUCGAGCGCCAGUGCCCCAUUGACCACAUCAAGUACCCGGCCAUUGAGUUCCCUGCCAACACGGAGAGCAACCACUGCCGCACCUUCUACGCUGGCGCCGUCUUCCAGUCCAUCGACGUCGAGUUCUUCGACCCCAAGUGCCAGCUCACCGUCUACUCCACCUACGACUGCUCUGACAGCGGUAUCGUGUCCGGCUCCGGUGGCUGCUGGAACCCCGAGGGUGGCAUCAAGGCCUACAAGGCUACCUGCCCCUGGAAGCUCUAA